AUAGCUGCAUCUGCUUCUCCCUCACACACUGGAAGCAGUCACAUUCUGCAAACUUUCCCCACAGUUCAACUUGCCACUGAAGUGUUACACUAUUUCUUUCCUCUCUUUCUUUAGUACUUUUGGUAGAAAUUUGUUGAGGUGACUAUGUCUGAAUCAGCAGAAACUGACAACAGACAGCCAGCAAAGACACAAUGGUAUGACCGCAAAAAUUAUGUGUUUGUUGAGUUCUGUGUAGAAGAUAGCAAGGAUGUUGAUGUUAAAAUUGAAAAAUACAGACUGAUCUUCAGUUGCAAAUCAGCAGAUAACACGGAACUCUACAAUAACAUCGAACUGUUCAGCAAAGUGGAGCCAAAUGAUUCAAGACACAAAUGUUCUGGUAGGUCUAUAACACUCUUCAUGAGGAAAGUUGAUGGUAAAAAAGCUUGGCCGAGACUGACCAAAGAAAAAACUAAGCAUGCCUGGUUAACAGUGGACUUUGAUAACUGGAAGGACUGGCACGAUGAUGAUGAGCAGAUGAUUGACUUGGAACACUACGCAAAUAUGCUGAAAGAACUGAAGAAUACUGGGCCACCUCCUGCCAUGGAUGAUCUUGAUGUAAAUAUUGAACCAUACUGAUAUUGGUUUUCGUUAACAAAG